AUUAGGAUCUGAUUAAAACCGCACAACCAACUCUAUAGUGAGAAUUUAUUCAACUUGUUUGAAAAGCGAUUUUGUCUGGAGGCAAAAUCUGAACCGAAAGUCAUCGUUGAACAAAGACUGUCUGUCAAGCUUAACGGCUUUUGAGGUGAAUUUGGGACUAAAGUAUCGAAAAUUAGAUUCAUAUUGUAUUCUGCGUUACAUACGUGGGCCGUGUUAUUGACCUCGUUAUUAACAAUUUUUUAAGUCUUUACUCUUUGGCCCGCGAUAAGAGUGCGAUUUGGAUUAUCGAGCUGAAAUUUUAAGAAGCUACAGUUGACGGAGUCAACACAGUACUAGGCUACAGUUCCAGUGCAUUAUUUGUGCUCUUUAUUCUACGAAAUAUGGUGGUAUUUUCCGCUCAAAGCGUAUGUAGACAUUAAAGAACGAAAAGCUGAUGUGCUAGGCUGCCAAAAUAUGGACUUAUCUCGAUAUGGGACCGGCGUUCUAGCGUCUGCAAUCGCUGAAUUUGUGAGCAGUUUCUAUUUCGUGUUUUGUUCCUGUGUUGCGACAACGUUAUGGUCAACGCAUACAGAAUCAUCGAUUCUCUUCAUUGCUGUACUGUCCGGGCUAAUUCUUGCCGUGCUCAGCUACUGCAGUUGUGAAAUUACAAAAGCCUGUGCGAAUCCCGUGGUAACUACAGCACUUUAUCUAACCCAGCGUCUCGAUAGACUCAGAUUCUUGCUAUUUAUUCCAGCGCAAGUUUUUGGAGGUUUGUGAAUUACGCUCUCGUCAAACGCGAGAGUUGAUGAGAGUUGACAAGCGAGAGUUUCGGCAUGUGAGUUUCCUCAGUUCUCGUGCCCCGGUCAAACGAGAACAAGAGUUGCAUGAGAGUUGAAGAGAUGGACUUUACCAGUCAAACGAGCAAAAACUCUCGCAUGAAAAUUUGAGCCAGUUUAAAGUUUAUCGCGGGCAAACAUGAGCGAGAGAUCGAGGUGCAUGCAACACUCAUCAACUUUCCGAUCAUCCUGGACCUUGUAAAAGCCCCGCCAAAGACGAGCAAGUUUUAGCCCUUAAUUGACACGUUCCCUUGACACGUUUCCGGCCUUGUUGUCGUUGUGUGCAUGUUAAGACAGCUUUUUGUUUGCCAAAACCAAGCCUAUUUCUUCUACACUUGUCAAGUUAUCCUUGGGAGCCGUACACGCGAACACAUUUUUAAUUCCUUGUCUUUCAAGAGCUCGCAUGCAUGAACAAGGAACAAGGCUCUUUAUAGCAAGGAAAAAUUGUCAAUAAAUGUUUUCCCCCGCGCCGGCACACGAGCAAAUAAAACUUGUCAAGGAAAAUGCUUGUCUCGGUACAGACUACUGACAGGUCUUAAUUUUGUCACACUUAAGAUAAAGCUGGAGUCAUAUGCGGCAACAAAAUUUCCCCCGCAUCUUGCAACAAAUUCUGAUUUUAACGAAUGUUAUUAACUUACUAAAUAUGUUCACACAGAUCAAGUCCAGAACACGAGGCAACAUUCGUGAAGAUUUCUAACUAACAUGCAUUGAAAUCAGUUUUUGUUGUCAAUAUUCGUUUACGGUUCCGAAUUAAUUAUGUCUGCAAUAUCUUAGUUGAAUUUCUAGAUAUAAGAAGGGUCACUUAAUUACUUCUGACAUUUCAAUGCGGUCGAAAAUAACAAAAAAAACCUCAUUAUUUAUGAAUACUUUCUGGCAAAAGCCGUUUGAAGAUCGUCCAUCUUUUGAUACACGAACAAGGCUUAUUUUUUCGCUCUUGAAUUUGAAGUGUGUGCAUGGAUUUGGAAAGGGAAUGACAAUAUAAGGUCGAUUAAUUAUUGUAUGGGGUAGUUAACGCUUGAUUGUUUAACUGUCUAUAUGCAUGUUCUAGACGUGGCGACUGCUCUUGCAUAACAAAUGAAUUGCGGGUCGUUCCAAUAUAUUCACAAUUUUAAUUACCCGCGGUUUUAAUCUUGUUUGCACCAAGGAAGAUAGGAUCAUAGGGACUGGCUCGAUUUAUACUAGUGAGUUUAAGAUACCCCGGUUUCGGUGUACGCGUACGAGUAGUGUCAUCUUGUUUACUAGUUUUUACUGAUGUCUGUAAUUCCAUCAUACUUUUUUUCUGUCAGUUUCUCGCAAUGAUAGACAUACAAUGAUAUAAUGCGGAAAAUGUGCACCUUAAGACAUUGGCAAUAAAAAAUUAGUAUGUCUCAUUCAAAAGAACUCUUAAAAUUAUAUAUUGAACUCUAUUACCGAUUUGUCAUAUCUUGCUUAGUUCUCGAAAUAUUUAGACCGAAAUUAAUGAGCUUUGCGCCAUCUUGGAAAAAUUCUUUACCUCAUUAACUAUGGUUUUGAUGACGUCAGGAGUUGGGUUAACCACAUAAAACUACUCGAAAAUGACCGAAUAACAAACCAAAAUUGUUUGAAAUGUUUUUAAUCAUUUCUAAAUUUCUGACAGCAACCAGAAACGAAGUUUUGGACCCGUAUUGAUCGCUUACUCCCAAGAUAAAAAAUUAGCGUGACCCCUCUCUUGACGUAACAUGCAUAUUCUCAAUAAUCCAAGAUGGCGAACAGCUCACGUUUUUCAGUCGAAAUAUUUUGAAAACUAAGCGAGAUAUAAACAAUCUGUAACAGAGUUUAAUAUAUAGUUUUAAGAGUUCUUUCAAAUGAACUAAACUAAUUUUUUAUUGCCAAUGUCCUUUAAUUACGAGUAAAGGUACAGACAUCGACGAAAAUAUUGCUAACCAAAAUCAGUCAUGCUACCCGUACAACGAAACCGGGGUAUCUUAAACUCACUAAUAAAGACGUAUAGACCGAUUAAAAAAUAGUUAUUCUUUUUUCUUCCCUUCAACUCAAGGUAGUCAUUGCCGCCGGCCUAUAAAAUACUUCAAGACUAAGAAGAAUAUAAAUAUGAUACCAUGUAUUCUCUUCGAUUAAAUGUUAAAAAUACCGGAGUUUCAGACAAAAUGUCCAAAGCAUCCAAAGCUCACGGUUUACUAAAGAGUCUUCAGGUUUCGAGGCUGAACGCCAGGUCUUAAAGGUGAACUUAUAAAUCUCACAGUAUUAACGCGAUUCAGCUUAGGCCUUAGCUCUCAGUUAGAAGUAACUGAGGACAAUUUACACUUGCAAAUCUUGGCUUAUUUUGCUGCGAUUUUCUUCCUUUGAUGAUGUGAAAGAGUAGUCGAAUUAUGAAUGUCCUUUACAUACGUACAUUCAUAGCUCAUCCAUUCGUUGACAUCCUUCAGAAGAGGAAAAUCGCAGCAGAAAUUGGUGCAAGUGUAAACAGGCCCUCAAGGAUUAUUAGCACAUCCCGUGUACUAAUAAUAAUUCUCUACUCCAGGAUUGACAGGGGCAGCGUUUCAUUAUGUUGUCACGCCAAAGUCAAGUCGGGAUACUGAAAAUGGAACUUUUCUAUUCGAAGAAGAUUUGCAACUCAUACAGGGCUUUGUGAUUGAAUUCGUCCUGGCAGUUUUGUUUAUUUUUGCUUUGUUUACCGUUUUCUUUACACGCUGUACGGAAUGCUGCGAAAGAAGAAGUGGAAAGUCGUGGAAGAUAGGAUGCGUUUACACACUGUGCGUCAUGAUUGAUGUAUGUUUAAACUAACUUUCAUUUUUAUACUGGAUUGCUCUGUCAGUUCUAAACUGUUCUUCCUAGAGGUUCAGUAAGAAUCAUCUCUUAUUGAUCCAAUGUUACUACAGGAGGAAACCUAAGCUAAACUAACUUUAUUUAUACUGGAUAGUUCUGUCAGUUCUAGUAAACUGUUCUUCCUAGAGGUCCAGUAAGGAUCAUCUCUUAUUGAUCCAGUGUUACUACAGGAAGAAACCUAAACUAAACUAACUUUAUUUAUACUGGAUAACUCUAUCAGUUCUAAACUGUUCUCCCUAGAGGUUCAGUAAGGAUUAUCUGUUUAUACUGGAUAGCUCUAUCAGUUUUCUCCACGCUAUUCACAUGUUGAAACCUGGAAAAUAGUGUGAUCUUGGGAUUUGUCUUAGCAAGAUUGAUGAACUUACUUUCAAUUUUUGCCACAUACGUUAGGGAAUACGUUAAGGAAUCAUUAUAUAUUCUACUUCCUUAUCUGUCAUUUGAGAUAUGCAUGUAACAUAAUGCAUAUUACUCUGUUUUAUUAAUUUACAUGGUGUUUCCACAAACAAUAGUAUUAUACUCUGUUUCAGUUCCCGUACACAGGCGGAGGACUGAAUCCAUCGUUGCUCCUUAGCCAGGCCAUUCUGCGCAACCAGUGGGGAAACUACGACCGAGUGGAUCAUUGGGUAAAUAUGCCUUCCAACUAUAUUUCCUAGAGGUCCAAUAAGGAUCAUCUCUUAUUGAUCCAGUGUUACUACAGGAGGAAACCUAAACUAAGCUAACUUUGGAUAGCUCUAUCAGUUCUAAACUGUUCUCCCCAGACGUCGAUCCAGUAAGAAUCAUCUUGUUGAUCCAUUGUUACUACAGGAGGAAACCUGACAUUCUUGUAGGGUCAAACUGAUGCUGUACCUCCUGAUCUGUAUAGGUCUACUGGACAGCUCCAGUUUUGGGUGGUGCGUUAGGUGGUAUUCUAUACGAAAUUUGGACAUCAGCAGGCGAACUGAAUGAUGUAGAGCGAUAUUGUCAUUUCAAACGAAUGGUCGCUUUGUUAGUCGUACUUAUCCUCGUUAUUACCUUUGCUAUUGUCGUUACCGUCGCACUUUGAGGGGAAUUUCGGGGGAAAUUGAAGGGACUUUGUAUUAUGUUUGUAUAAUAUACGUACUAUAUUAUAAUGUUUGGUAAAUAAAAUUGUCGUGAACGCGAAGGAGGUUAUGUAUCUAACAGAAAAUCCUACUUAGUUUCAUACACUUCAAGGUCAUCAGUUUAUUUUACAGUAGUUGUUGUUUUAUCGUAUUCUUGUAUAGUUCUUAUAAAAAUGACAUGUAAAUUGUGAUAAUUUAACUAAACGAAAACAGAAAGAAAACUAGUAUUAAAACUAAAGAUUUAAGUCAAGAGCCGACUAUGACAUUACCAGAUUCUGGCCGCCAAGUAUUUCACAUUGACUAAUUGAGUGUUCUAUCUUUAUCUGUUUUAUAUGGGCUUAUUAGUUGAAUGAUCUAACGUUAACUAUAGCUCAUUGUGAAGAACGGCAGAAAAUACUCGACGUUUCCAAUGAAUACACUUCGUUUGAAAGUUGAUAGAAAACACUUUAAAACUUCUAUCAUAUCUCAUAGUUUGAGUGACUCUGAAAAUGUUUCUAAUUGUACAUUGUUCUAGUAGCUCUAAUAUUGUUCAUACCCCCAAAUUAGCGUUCGUACGCGUGACAAAGUCAAGUUCAACUAUGUGAAAUAGCCGUCUGGUCCUUCCAUCUGUCUUCACGUUCAUGCAUUGUAUGCAAAUCAGUGUUCACUGAUUGUUGAGAUCUAUUUACACUCUGUAUAUGCAGGCCAUCUUAUUUUCACGGGAGCCACGCGACUAAAUGAACGGCCUCGUCCGUGGGCAGCUCGCUCAGCUUCGGUUGAAAACAGAGUAAAAUUGACAGCAAUAUUUAGCAGAUUGAGGGGUAUUGAAUGGGCCUCAUGAUCCCCUGUACCCCCAUGUGUUGCGUAAUUCUACCUUUAUGAUCACCAGGCCCGAGAGAGACCAGGCUUUUCAUCAGUUGAGAUACUACAUCUCAUUGACCUUUCUCUUGCAAUAUAUAUUGCUUGUGCUUUUAAUUGGAUAGCCAACACUAAUAAAGUGAUAAUAACCUUUGUACCAAACAAAGAGACG